CAACUGGAAACAACUGGAAACAACUGGAAACAUUUGAAGUAUUUUUAUUGUGUUGUGCCGUGUGUCUGUUCUCUGGGUGACUAUUGAAUCAGCAAACAUCCAACAGAGACAGAAACACAGACAGGAGGCCUGUUGAGAUGACUUCCUGUCUGUUGUCCCUUCUCUUCUUCUACCCUUUGGUGUCCAUCAUGGCCACUGCUGAACCUGCCGGCUGCAAGAUCCGCAUCACUGACAAAGGACUGGAGAUGUUGAGGUUUGAGACUCAGAGGUUUGUGGAAGAGGAGCUCAGUAACAUCAGUAUGCCAGAGAUGAAGGGCAGCGAAGGACGUUUCCAAUACACCAUCACUGAUGUGAAGAUAAAAGAGUUGAAUCUGACUCACGCCGAGCUCAGCUUCCUCCCAGACGUCGGUUUGUUGUUUGACGUUCAGAACUCGUCGAUCACUCUGAGUUUCCACCGACGGAUCCUCUACUGGUUCUUUUAUGACACAGGAAACAUCAACGCCUCGGCAGAGGGAGUGAACAUCAACACAGCUCUGAAUCUGAUCCGAGACGACGAAGGACGACUGAAGAUCAACAACAUCACUUGUGAUGCCAAGAUCGCCAAAAUGAAGGCAAAGUUCAGCGGAACGCUCGGGAAGGUUUACAACUUCCUGUCCAGAUUUCUGACAUCAGGCAUGCGCUUCCUCCUCAACCAACAGAUCUGCCCCACCCUGAACCAUGCGGCUCUGGUUCAUGUGAACUCGUUGUUAGAGACGAUCCCUGUGAGGACAGAAGUCGAUCAGUAUAUCGGGAUUGAUUAUUCUCUGAUCAGUGAUCCGGUGGUGACGUCCAGGAGCCUCGACAUGAACUUCAGAGGGAUGUUUUUCGACCUGGCCAAUCAGAAUAUGUCGUUGGUGAACUACGCUGUGGACCCGGUCAUCAGAGAGUACGACAGGAUGGUUUAUCUCGCUCUUUCCGAGUUCUUCUUCGACAGUGGCAUGUUUUCCUACUACCAGGCAGGAAUCUUCCAGAUGCACAUCGUGAACGAGAAGAUGCCCAAAGAUCUCGAGGUGUUGCUGAGAACCACGUACUUUGGAACCAUUAUGAUGUUGAACCCGGCGCUCGUGGACGCUCCGAUCUCUCUGCAGCUCGCUGUCAACUCACCGCCAAAAACCACCAUCAAGACGUCUGGGGCGACAGUUGUCAUGACGGCCAUCGUCAAGGUGAUGGUGCUGCCUCCAGGUCAGCCUCCAGUCCAGCUCAGCAGCAUGACCAUGGAAACAAAGUUUAACGCUAAAGUGUCCAUGAAGGGGAAACGUCUGGCUGUUCAUGCUGACCUCCGCAGGUUCAAAAUCUUCUCCAACCAAUCAGCACUGGAAUCUCUGGCACUGAUUCCUCUGCAGGCUCCUCUGAAGACGAUGCUGCAGAUGUCUGUGGUUCCGUUGAUCAACAACUGGACAAAAAGAGGAGUUCGGAUUCCUCUGGCUGAUGGGAUGGAUUUCAUUGAGGAAGUGGUUGAAUAUCACAAUGGCUUCAUCGUGAUUGGAGCAAAUCUCCAUUUCAGCAAAGGACUGAGAGAAAUGAUGGAGGGGAAAGUCCAGGAGGAGUCAGAGACCAACAACACUGUCUAAAUAUUUAUACAUAUACUUUUAUAUGCGUAAAUAUAUACACAAACACAAUGUAAAUACAACACUGUCUGAAUACAAACAGCUGUUGUGGAAAGAAACACUUUGAAUAGACAUGACAACAUGUAAAUCCUGUAUAUGACAAAGAGAUAGUGUUGCACACAAGACAUACACAUAAUGACACAAUGUGAAUAUAUACAACACAGUGUAUAUAAGACAUUUCACACAUAUACACACAUAUAUAAAUAUAUGCAUAUAUAUGUACAUAUAGAACCUACACCACAAACAUUGAAUAAUAACAUAAAGUAAAUGAGUUUCCUAUUUCUUAACCCUGAACAUGAUGGACAGCUGUCAGUGUUGCAGUUUCAGGGCCUGAAAGGCUUCGAACCACAGCUGUGUUCACGCUACAGUGUCUGUGUAGGAGGAAGCAUUUGCAUGUCACAGUGUAUAAUCAGUAUAAUGUGUGACUCUCACGGUUAUGAGCAAAUGACUGAACUAACAUCAUGUGGACUUUAGUGAUCAUCAGUAUGUUGAAAGUGGAGUUUUCUUGUAAACAAAGUUUAUAUUUACAUUCAUUGUUUCUCACCAAAUCUGUGUGUAUCCUUGAAUUUAAACAUAUUGAAUAUGUUUCUUCCUCAUAAAAGAUUUACAAAGACAAUUUUUGUAAAUAUUUAUCCUGUAUUGUUUACAUCCAUGUUUACUGGUUAGUCUUGUUCUUCUCUUUCUUUUCUGGUGCAUUACUGUGUUUCUGUUACUGUCACCUGUUGAUCAGUGGAAAAGGAGGAAACCACUGACAGGAUGUGCACUGCAGUGGAUGACAUGAU